UGAACUGGUGGACCCUGGGCUGCCGAAGGGGAACGUGCGCACUUAACUGCUGCACCACCGGACGGCCUCGACUCAACUUGGGUGAUUUAUAUGUGAAGCUGUUGCUGGCAGCUGUUUGCACCACAUUCUAAGAGCAUUUUGGAGAGGGGUCCUUUGGGCUGCUUUCUCAAAGGAAGAACAGACUGGUUUGGCUGGAACCAGAGAGCACUGGAAACACAGGUUGGGGUCAUAGCAUGGGCAGAUUUAAUACCAGGGUAAGACUUUAUUUGAAAGCUUGAUGUGUUCAAAUUAAAUACAAAUUGUAAUCAUAAAAUUAAUAUAUACUCAUUGUAAUCACAUUCAUACAGUUCAAAAAGAGUAGUGCACAUUCCCCCAUAUUCUUCCAGAUAUUUUCUAUGCAUGUAUAGGCACAUAUAUACACACUGUACAUACUGUCUUGAAUUUUACUUUUUUAUUUAAUAUUUCAAGCACAUAUUUUUCCAGUCAAUACUUGUAAUUAUACCUCAGGCCUUUGUUUUUGUUUUUGUUUUUGUUUUACAGUUGCGUAGUGGGACAUUGUGUGGAUGUAUCCUUCAGCUUUCUGUUGAUGGGCACUUAAAUUGAUUCUCAUUAUUAUUAUUAUUUUUUUAAACACUUGUGCCUCUUCUAUUGUAUAGGUGUAGCUGUAGGGUAAAUUCUUAGAAGUAGAAUUGCUGAAUCAGUAGAUAUGUUCGUUUUUAAUUUUGAAAGCUGUUCAUAAAUUACCCUCUGAGAUGUGCCGGUGUACACAGAGUGUUUCAGGGUUUGGAUUUCCUUAUCUUUUCACCAACCCCGGAUAUUAUGAAAGUUCUUAAUCUUUGCUAAGCUGACAGGUGAAAUGUUACAGUAUUUUAAUUUGCAUUUCUUCGACCAUGAGUGAUCUUUUUGUAUAUCAGAAUUUUAUAUGUCUUUUAUAUAUCAGAAUUUUAAAAUGCACAUUUUGUGGUCUCAGUAAUAGAGCCAGGUGGUUUAUGUUAUACAGAGUACUUCUUUCUAAGUACCGUUUGUUUAUUUUUUAAAGUAACGGCUUUAUUGAGAUAUAACUCACAAUGCAAUAAAAUUUACCCUUUUAAAGUAUACAAUUUGUGACUUUUUAGUGAUUUAUUUUGAAACUGAGUGCCAACCAUUGCUGUAUUAUUUGUAGUAAAUCACUAUCAAGCUGAAUUUGAGAUCCUCUCUUUCUUUCCAAGCUCAUCGGCAUAUUAAGCCCAAAAUAUGAAAUGGGAAAUGCAACUUUCCUUGUGCUUUUUCCGGUCCGUAGGCUCUCCGCAGGGUGAGUGGGGCUGUCUGGUUCUGAAAUGGAAUUAUGCGCUACAACUGCUUUGGAAUCUCAGUGCUGUGCUACUGGAUGAGGAGUGAUUUCUUUUAAAUAACUAGUAGUUGAAACUGACUUCCAACUGCUGGAGGUGAUAGAAACUUUUUGACUUUUCCUGAAAAAUUUUAAAAUACGAAAUCUGAAGUGAAAAAGUCUUCUGAGCAUUUUUGAAACAUUGGGGUUGUUGGAGUGGUUGGAUUUUCCCUGGAAUUGAGUGAGAAAUUCAGAAGACUGAAGCCCAGGCUUACUGUCUACCUUUCACGGAGGCCUAGCCGUGAGAGGACAGAAGAAGGCACGUGGCGAAUCAUGACAGCCGACAAAGACAAAGACAAAGACAAAGAGAAGGACCGGGACCGAGAUCGGGACCGAGAGAGAGAGAAAAGGGACAAAGCAAGAGAGAGUGAGAAUUCAAGGCCACGCAGGAGCUGUACCUUGGAAGGGGGAGCCAGAAAUUAUGCUGAGAGUGAUCACACUGAAGAUGAGGACAAUGACAACAAUAGUGCCACCACAGAGGAGUCCACGAAGAAGAACAAAAAGAAACCACCGAAAAAAAAGUCUCGUUAUGAAAGGACGGAUACUGGUGAGAUAACAUCCUACAUCACUGAGGAUGAUGUUGUCUAUAGACCAGGAGACUGUGUGUAUAUCGAGAGUCGGAGGCCAAACACGCCGUAUUUCAUCUGUAGCAUUCAAGACUUCAAACUGGUCCACAACUCCCAGGCCUGUUGCAGAUCUCCAACUCCUGCUUUGUGUGACCCCCCAGCAUGCUCUCUGCCGGUGGCAUCACAGCCACCACAACAUCUUUCUGAAGCCGGGAGAGGGCCUGUAGGGAGUAAGAGGGACCAUCUACUCAUGAACGUCAAAUGGUACUACCGUCAAUCUGAAGUUCCAGAUUCUGUGUAUCAGCAUUUGGUUCAGGAUCGGCAUAAUGAAAAUGACUCUGGAAGAGAACUUGUCAUUACAGACCCAGUUAUUAAGAACCGAGAGCUCUUCAUUUCUGAUUACGUUGACACUUACCAUGCUGCUGCCCUUAGAGGGAAGUGUAACAUUUCCCAUUUUUCUGACAUAUUUGCUGCUAGAGAGUUUAAAGCCCGAGUGGAUUCAUUUUUCUACAUAUUAGGCUACAACCCUGAGACAAGGAGGCUGAACAGUACCCAGGGGGAAAUUCGUGUUGGUCCAAGCCAUCAGGCCAAACUUCCGGAUUUGCAACCAUUCCCUUCUCCAGAUGGUGAUACUGUGACCCAACAUGAGGAAUUGGUCUGGAUGCCUGGAGUUAAUGACUGUGACCUCCUUAUGUACUUGAGGGCAGCAAGGAGCAUGGCAGCGUUUGCAGGGAUGUGUGAUGGAGGCUCCACAGAAGAUGGCUGUGUCGCAGCAUCUCGGGACGACACCACUCUCAACGCAUUGAACACGCUACACGAAAGCAGUUAUGAUGCUGGCAAAGCCCUGCAGCGCCUGGUAAAGAAGCCUGUGCCCAAGCUGAUUGAAAAGUGCUGGACCGAGGAUGAAGUGAAACGCUUCGUUAAGGGGCUCAGGCAGUACGGCAAGAACUUCUUCAGAAUUAGAAAGGAGCUGCUUCCCAAUAAGGAAACAGGGGAACUAAUCACCUUCUAUUACUACUGGAAAAAAACCCCUGAAGCAGCCAGCUCCCGGGCCCACCGCAGGCACCGCAGGCAGGCGGUAUUCAGGAGGAUUAAGACUCGCACUGCAUCCACACCCGUCAACACGCCCUCCAGACCCCCCUCCAGUGAAUUCUUGGAUCUGAGUUCAGCCAGCGAGGAUGACUUCGACAGUGAGGACAGCGAGCAGGAGCUGAAGGGAUACGCCUGCCGCCACUGCUUCACCACCACCUCCAAAGACUGGCACCACGGAGGCCGAGAGAACAUCCUGCUCUGCACAGACUGCCGCAUCCACUUCAAGAAAUACGGCGAGCUUCCGCCCAUCGAGAAGCCUGUGGACCCCCCACCAUUUAUGUUCAAACCUGUCAAAGAGGAAGACGAUGGGCUCAGUGGGAAACAUAGCAUGAGGACGCGGCGGAGUCGUGGCUCGAUGUCUACACUGCGCAGUGGUCGAAAGAAGCAGCCAGCCAGCCCUGAUGGUCGCACCUCGCCCAUCAGUGAAGACAUUCGCUCCAGUGGCCGGAACUCCCCCAGCGCUGCCAGCACUUCCAGCAAUGACAGUAAAGCAGAGACAGUGAAGAAGUCAGCCAAGAAGGUGAAGGAGGAAGCCUCGUCCCCUCUUAAGAGUACCAAGCGCCAGCGAGAGAAGGUGGCCUCUGAUACAGAGGAGGCUGACAGGACGAGCUCCAAGAAGACAAAAACCCAGGAGAUCAGCCGGCCCAACUCGCCAUCCGAAGGCGAGGGAGAGAGUUCGGACAGCCGCAGUGUCAACGAUGAGGGCAGCAGUGACCCCAAAGACAUCGACCAGGACAAUCGCAGCACGUCCCCCAGCAUCCCCAGCCCCCAGGACAACGAGAGUGACUCGGACUCUUCUGCCCAGCAGCAGAUGCUGCAGGCUCAGCCCUCAACCUUGCAGGCUCCCAGUGGGGCUGCUCCAGCUCCCUCUGCCGCCCCGCCAGGAACCCCCCAGCUUCCCACACCAGGGCCCACACCCUCUGCCACCGCAGUCCCUCCGCAGGGCUCCCCCUCGGUCUCCCAGCCCCCCAACCAGCCGCAGGCUCCCACGGCUCCUGUUCCCCAUGCCCAUAUCCAGCAGGCACCUUCCCUGCACCCCCAGCGGCUGCCCUCACCACAUCCCCCACUGCAGCCUCUGACCGGGCCGGCUGGCCAGGCCUCUGCCCCGCCUCAUACCCAACCCCCACUGCAUAGUCAGGCUCCCCCUGGCCCUCACAGCCUCCAGGCUGGGCCCAUGCUGCAGCACCCAGGUCCCCCUCAGCCUUUUGGCCUCCCUCCCCAGGCCUCCCAGGCAGCAGCUCAUCCUCACACCUCCCUGCAGCCUCCAGCCUCUCAGUCAGCAUUGCAGCCCCAGCAGCCCCCACGGGAGCAGCCCCUGCCACCAGCACCCUUGGCCAUGCCACACAUCAAGCCCCCACCCACCACACCCAUCCCCCAGCUGCCGGCACCACAGGCCCACAAGCACCCACCUCACCUCUCAGGGCCCUCACCCUUCUCCAUGAAUGCCAACCUCCCACCCCCUCCAGCACUGAAGCCCCUGAGCUCCCUGUCUACACACCAUCCCCCGUCGGCCCACCCCCCACCCCUGCAGCUGAUGCCUCAGAGCCAGCCACUGCCCUCCUCCCCCGCCCAGCCUCCUGUGCUGACCCAGACCCAGAGCUUGCCCCCUGCUGCUGCCUCCCAUCCCCCGACAGGCCUCCACCAGGUGGCCCCCCAGCCCCCAUUCGCCCAGCACCCCUUUGUCCCUGGGGGCCCUCCUCCUAUCACCCCUCCAACCUGCCCCUCCACCUCCACCCCACCUGCGGGACCCGGCCCCUCGGCCCAGCCACCUUGCUCUGCUGCUGUUUCUUCGGGAGGCAGCGUACCUGGGGGGGCAGCCUGCCCGCUCCCUACUGUCCAGAUCAAGGAAGAGGCUCUGGAUGAUACUGAGGAGCCUGAGAGCCCCCCUCCUCCACCUAGGAGCCCAUCCCCGGAGCCCACUGUGGUGGACACCCCCAGCCAUGCCAGCCAGUCAGCCAGGUUCUACAAACACCUGGACCGGGGUUACAACUCGUGUGCACGGACAGACCUGUACUUCAUGCCUCUGGCGGGAUCCAAACUUGCCAAGAAGAGGGAGGAGGCCAUUGAGAAGGCCAAACGGGAGGCCGAGCAGAAAGCGCGGGAGGAGCGCGAGCGCGAGAAGGAGAAAGAAAAGGAGCGCGAGCGCGAGCGGGAGCGGGAGCGGGAGGCAGAGCGAGCAACCAAGGCGUCCAGCUCAGCACAUGAAGGCCGCCUCAGCGAUCCCCAGCUCACUGGCCCUGGCCACAUGCGGCCAUCCUUUGAGCCACCACCAACUACCAUUGCUGCUGUGCCCCCAUACAUCGGGCCCGACACGCCUGCCCUUCGGACUCUGAGCGAGUACGCUCGGCCCCACGUCAUGUCACCCACCAACCGCAACCACCCCUUCUACAUGCCCCUCAACCCCACUGACCCCUUGCUGGCCUAUCACAUGCCUGGCCUCUACAACGUAGACCCCACCAUCCGGGAGCGAGAGCUCCGGGAGCGCGAGAUCCGGGAGCGGGAGAUCCGGGAGCGUGAGUUGCGGGAGAGGAUGAAGCCAGGCUUUGAGGUGAAGCCCCCAGAGCUGGACCCGCUGCACCCAGCCACCAACCCCAUGGAGCAUUUCGCCCGGCACAGCGCCCUCACCAUCCCCCCAACUGCGGGCCCCCACCCUUUUGCUUCUUUCCACCCGGGCCUGAACCCCUUGGAGAGGGAGAGACUGGCCCUGGCGGGCCCCCAGCUACGGCCUGAAAUGAGCUACCCUGAUAGACUGGCAGCUGAGCGGAUCCAUGCUGAGCGCAUGGCGUCGCUGACCAGCGAUCCCCUGGCCCGACUGCAGAUGUUCAAUGUGACCCCACACCAUCACCAGCACUCACAUAUUCACUCGCACCUCCACCUCCACCAGCAGGACCCCCUCCACCAAGGUUCAGCAGGCCCAGUUCACCCGCUGGUUGACCCCCUGACUGCUGGCCCUCACCUGGCUCGCUUUCCCUAUCCCCCUGGCACCCUCCCCAACCCUCUGCUUGGACAGCCCCCCCAUGAGCACGAGAUGCUUCGUCAUCCAGUUUUUGGCACCCCCUAUCCCCGAGACCUGCCUGGGGCCAUCCCACCCCCCAUGUCGGCGGCCCACCAGCUGCAGGCCAUGCAUGCCCAGUCGGCCGAGCUACAGAGACUGGCCAUGGAGCAGCAGUGGCUGCAUGGACACCCCCACAUGCAUGGUGGCCACCUACCAAGUCAGGAAGAUUAUUACAGUCGACUGAAGAAAGAAGGUGACAAGCAGUUAUAAGUUAUUUAUUUGUUAACGCUGGCUGUGGAAACCCCAAUUCUUGGGGGGAGAAACAGGACUUUUUACAUACAAUAGGAGCUGCAAAAGCAAAAAGAAUAUCUUCUAAAGAUUUCUUUAUAUAUUUAAAAACCCCACAACUGAAAAUGUAUCAGCUUAAUAGUGUUUGUUUGUAGAGAGGAUUCCUUGAGACUGGUUUGGGUCUCCCAUUGCAUGACAGUCCCCCAGAAACUUAGUGUGUCCUGGACUGGACUGAGCAUUCAGAAAACUUUCCUGCAGUCUUGGGGUUUGGCUUUAGUUUUCUUUUCCUUCCUUGAUUUCUCAGUAGGUGCUAGAAUCCAGUUCACACCCUUCACUGUGCGUGCAGACACACUCAGUUACGUGUGUUCCAAAACCCACAAGGUUUGCAGAUACGUGGCAUAUGAUUUUGGAAUCCGAGAGCUAUAAUUUUAAAAAAAUCUUUUAUUUUAAUACAUUGUAGGAAAUCUUCAUAAUUUGAGAAAGUUCUGCAGCAUGGCUUUUUAUGUCUGUAAAUAAAUAAUUUUAGGACAGCCUUUUUUUUCUUCCAUAAACUACUAUUCUGAUCUAUUUUUUCCAGCCAUGUCACUAAUUCCUACCAGCUAUCGACAGAAUACAGAGUUGAUUUUUUAAUAAAAAGUUAUAUAUAAUUAUCCCUUUAAUUAAAGGGAACAGAUGGGCGUUACUAAUUACAAAUGGGCAAAAGCUUGGGACUAGGUUUGGUCGCAGCAGUGAGCAGCCAGAGCUUUGCAGGGACAAUGUUACAAACUGUUCCCUUUGUUUGGCCACUUUGAUUUUGCCUCUGUCUCUUCCUAGCUUGUGUUUGGCCAGUGGUGCAGACAUCUGUUAGCUUGAACCGCUUUCCUUUUGCACCAGGAGCGCAGGAGUUAAAUGUCUACCUGUUGUUCUGUCUCUGCGGGAUAGAAAGCACAUGUUUCUGUGAGUCUGUAGAUUUCCUUAUAGAUUUCUAUGCACACACGUUUGAUUAUUCUGGAUGAACUGCCUUUUUAAAUACUCUGACAAUUUCAUAAACAUUCUAGAAAAUUCAAGAAAAUGAUUCCCUACAAAUAACUCAGCACAUAUGCUUGCCAAAGGAAUCUUUAGAAAUCUGCCCUUUCGUGUGUGUUGUCACUUGGAUCUUCUUGUGGUGAGGCCAGGCUAUCCUGGCCACAGCCUGAGGCUGCUUUUGAGUGAGGGAGACCCCAGAGUUGGCCCGGUUGUAGGUAGUGGCCUGUAUGUCCCCCCCCCCCCCCCGCCCCAGGAGCAGGUCUGUGCAUGGUGACCCACAUCAGACGGGGAAACCACGUGAGUCCCACUCUUCAUCCUAGAAGAAGGGACAAGAGUUGGAGCCACAAAUGUGGAAGGGGCAGGCAGGCCUCCGCCUGGGAGGUGCGCGCUGUGGGGUCAGGCCGCCUGCAGGGAGCCCGUCUCUGCUUUCUGAGCUGCUGACGUGACACACUUCCUGCAAAGCAGAGAGUGGGGAGUUCUGGGGAUGUGCGCACCCGCUGAUCAGGCUCUCUGCCAAGCUGCGACCUUUCCCACUCCUCUUCUCUCAGACACGUGAGGGCUGUCUCUGCUGUUGUAUGUGGUGGUCAUAGCCUAGAAUGAUCAGACAAGCUAAAAGGGCCGUGGGCCAGUGGAUGUGGAAUGUGUCCAGGACACGAGCCACGCAGCGGGUAGGAAAAGAGGCUGGCGCUUUGACCCAGAAACCAGCAGGUAUUAGCUCAGAUUUAGGUUCCAGAUUCAAACCUGCGUCAGGGGCAUUUCCAGUUUCUUUAAAACUGUUUGGUUUCAGUUGGGACAGAUAAAGGAUUAUUUCAUCUGUCAAAAUGUUUAUAGUUUUUUUUCUUUUGUUUUCUUUCAUUCCAUUUCUGCCUUAACUUUAGCUCCUUAGAGGGGAGGCAAGCUCAGAUGAACCCUUUGUCAUCAAACUUUGGCUGCAUUGGCCGGAGGCAUUUGUUCCCUCUGGGGUGGUGACGUGCCGUCAGGGUGGGCUUGCUCUCCUGCGGGCACUCCACGCCGCAGCUCUGCUGCCUGCAGACUCCUGCACUGAUGCCCCCACCUCUUACCUGUUUUUUCCUUUUGGUAGAACACAAUGCCUACCAUUCAGUUAAACCUUGAUCUCCUCUCUCUGUCAUCCAUUUUUCCAAAGAGGAGAGAGUGUGAAGUACUUUAAAGUCUGUAUUUGAAAACUGUCUGAAGGCGUUUUCUUGUUAGGUUUUGGUUUUCUCCCCAUAUCCCAAGGCGAAGCACUGAGAUUCUUCCAUUUAAAAACCCACAACCUGAAACCCUCACCUGGGCAACUGCACUUGGUUCAGGAGGCCCCAGACCUUCACAGUGUCUUUGAAGCCCGACCCCUUGGUUUCCUUUUGAAUUUUCCUUCCUUUUGUUUGAAGUUUGGUUUUGCUUUUCUGUGUUUUGUAUGUAUCUCGUUCAAUGUUGUCAAGGUUGAGCUUCACGUUUCAUGCAGCAGAAGCAGAGCAGAGUGUACAUUCUGAUUUGCUACGUUUAUAUAUAUCUUGAAGCUAAAUGUAUAUAUGAGUAGUUUGCCAUGAGAUAACACAGUGUAAACAGUAGACACCCAGAAAUUGUGACUUCUGUGUUCUCUCCAUUUGAGUAUUUUGUAAUUUUUUUGAAAUAUUUGUGGACAUAAAUAAAACCAAGCUACACUACAACA